AUGGCUACCACCUCCUUUUUCUCUUCAUUCCUCCUCCUGCUGCUGCUCCAUUUGGCUGCCGCCGUGCACGGCAUCGGCAUAAACUACGGCACUCUGGGCGACAACCUACCGCCGCCGGCCACGGUGGCCAACUUUCUGAAGACGCGGACGACGAUCGACCGCGUGAAGAUCUACGACGUCAACCCGCAGAUCCUCCAGGCCUUCGCGAACACCGGCAUCCCCGUGACGGUGACGGCACCCAACGGCGACAUCGCCGUUCUGAAACAAAUCGACUCGGCGAGGCAGUGGGUGGUCACGCACAUCAAACCCUUUCACCCGCAGACAAAAAUCAAAUACAUCCUCGUCGGCAGCGAGCUCCUCCACUGGGGCGACGCCGACAUGAUCCGCGGCCUCGUGCCCGCCAUGCGAACCCUCCACUCCGCCCUCCUAGCCGAGGGCAUAACCGACAUUAAGGUGACCACAGCUCACUCGCUGGGGAUAAUGAGGUCAUCGAUUCCGCCGAGUGCGGGAAGGUUCAGGCCCGGAUUCGCAAAGCGCGUGCUGGGCCCAAUGCUGAAGUUUCUGAAGGAGACGAGAGCGCCCUUCAUGGUCAAUCCGUAUCCCUAUUUCGGAUACAAUGGAAAGAACGUUAACUUUCUUCUCUUCAGGCCCAACCGCGGCCUGUACGACAGAAACACCAAGCUCAGCUACACCAACCAGUUCGACGCUCUUAUGGAUGCGGUCCACUCCGCCAUGAAGGACUUGGGCUAUGGUGACGUGGACAUCGCCAUUGGAGAAACGGGGUGGCCCUCCGUCUGCGACGGUUGGGACGCCUGCAGCGGGAACAACGCUCAGACCUUCAACGCCCAACUCGUGAAGCACUUGGCAUCGGGCAAGGGAACGCCGUUGAUGCCCAACCGAACCUUCGAGACCUACAUCUUCGCGCUUUUCAACGAGAACCAAAAGCCCGGCCCAAUAGCAGAGCGCAACUGGGGCCUGUUUCAGCCCGAUUUCACGCCCGUCUACGAUUGCGGAGUCAUGCGCAACGGACAGAAUAUUGCACCUGUAAAUCCUGGACCUGCACCGUCGACAAAACCUGGACCUGCACCGUCGACAAAACCUGGUCCUGCACCGGCACCCGGAGGUGGAAAAUGGUGCGUGCCAAAGGCAGAUGCUAACGAUGCAGCUUUACAAGCAAACAUAAACUAUGUCUGCAGCCAAGGAAUUGAUUGUAAACCUAUUCAACCUGGUGGAGUAUGCUAUGCCCCCAACAACGUGAAGGCACUUGCCACCUACGCCAUGAAUGCCUACUACCAAGCCAAUGGCCGCCAUGAUUUCAACUGUGAUUUCUCCAACACCGGUGUCAUUACCACCACUAAUCCAAGCCAUGAUAACUGCAAAAUCUGAGCUUCCUGAUUGAAGAUUAUUAUGUAGAGAGAGAGGAACAUGCCCAUUGUCUUGGUGACAAUGCGGCUUAAUUAGCGGUAUCUUUGCGAUUUAUUGUACAUUUCAUCAUGAUUCGGCUAAAUUAUGUCACUAAUUUGGAACCUUAUCAGUUCUAGUUGUAGCCAAUGCUGGUGGUUCCUAAUUUUCAGACUCAAAUUUGUUUGUAUGAUUAUAAUUAUUGAAAAGAAAAUGAUCUCGUUGAUUCCUAA